AUGGGUAUGAUUAGUGACUUACCUGACCACAUGCUCCUUGAGAUACUCUCAUGGCUUCCAACAAGAGAAGUGGUGGCGACAAUGCUUUUGUCCAGACAAUGGAAGUUUCUUUGGAAGCAAGUGGCAAAACUUGAUUAUGAUUUUAGCCAAAACGAUGGCAAAACUUUUCGAACUUUGUCAACAGUUUCCCGGAAGGUGCGUGACCUUGAAAUCGACCUAACCGCUGCCCGGAACCCGAUGAUCACGACUCUUCCAAAGAGUCUGUACACUUGUGGGACACUAACUUGUUUGAAGGUAAAGGCCCUUGUACUCGACGACAUACCUGAAGAAUAUCCAAUUUGUCUCGCAUCGCUCCGUUACUUGUACCUCUCCGUGUCAAGUCAAGUGUCGGCCCACAUGUUUAUCGGUAAGCUUACCGCUGGUGCUCCUCUUCUAAAGAAGUCAGUGGCACGCGGUGACAAUGUCUACAAUAAACAGUUUCUUGAUUACAUGGCAAGAAAAAACUCAUUGAAGAGCUUUACAUUGUGCUCAUCAGAGUGGGAUCCCGUCACCAUUGGCCCUUACUUUGGUAAGCUUGAGCAUUUUUGUAUGUGCACAUGUUCCCCCUUGUGGGAUUCGCUUAUCGCAUUUCUUCAAUAUUCUCCUAAACUACGCUAUCUCCAGCUAACCAAGUCUUGCAACUUGAGACGUUGUUUUCUUUGGGCUGAGCCAAUUACUACUAGUUUUCCCAAGUGCUUGUCAUCCACACUUGAAACCUUGGAAUGGAGAGAUUAUAUGGAUACUCAAUUCGACAAAGAUGUUAUCUCUUUUCUCCUCAAGAACUCUACGUGUUUAACAAAGGUCAAGAUUGUCCCCGUAUCCACCGCUGGUGAUAUUGAGAAGCUUCGAAUCCGCACCUACCUCUCAAACUUGUCUAGAGGUUCAACUGCGUGUCAGCGUAUCUUCCCUUAA